UUGUCAAUUUGUGCGCCAAUUUUUCUUCUAAGCUAAAUUGAUGGGAUAAAGUUUGUUGUUUUAUAGGAGAAAGUUAUAUGUUAUAAGUACAUUCUGAAUGUAACAUCGUAAAAGUGUUAAGUGGCGAUUAUUGAGUGUUAAGUUUAGUACUUGGGUAGCGUCGUGUUCGUCUUACCACCAUAGAUGCCAUUUGUUACAAUCGCUCAGAAUUAGGGUGAUGGAGGCGUCACCAGAUGCUCCUAGACGCACCCGCGCUGCACUGGCAGAGAUUCCGGUACGAUUAGACCGCCUGCGCGUCACUCCCCUGCGGCCCCUUACCAACACCAGGGAGGUAUCCCCGUCGCUCCCGCCGGGCUACCUCAGCCCUGCGCCCUCACCUGAUGAGUUCCUUAUCCAGCAAAGAGGUCGUAAACGUCUCCCAGUGACAUGGUCGCCAGACAUCGAUUUAAAGCGUUCAGCUUUUCAGUCUACGGUCCGUACACCACCUAAAAAUACACCAGGAAGAAACUCACCGCCUAGGCUCAGUGUAACAUUACGUUCUACCCCAAGAAAGCGUCUUCUAUUAGGCGACGUUGAACGAGUACCACUUACUCCAGAAAAGAUUGACUUCAGCGACAUUAGUACGCCGCAAAAAUUCAAAAUGAACAGCCCAACCAAAUUCACUCCUCCUAUAAAGCGAUCGCGUCUGGAACAUACUUUCGAUGGAGAAUUUAAGGGAUCACUAGACACAGCUUUGAAAGGGCUAAGUCCAACACAGCUUAUACACAUGAUAAAGAAAAUAACUCACAAACAUCCAGACGUUGAACAAGACAUACGUAAAGAAAUGCCAACACCAGAUUUAUCACCUUUGGAGGAAAAACUUAGUUAUCUUAAAUCCAACAUAUUUAAAAGCCUUCCAACAUCGCGUUUGACAUCUAAGACUGACUCCCCCGCUUAUUCGCGGGUCGCAACCCAUCUUGCUGCUUUUAAAAAGUGCCUCAUUGAGCAAGGGAAGGUUUUGGUUGAUUCUCAACACUGGGAAACUGUUAUGAAAUAUGUUUUUCUUGCUUGGAGUUAUGUUAGGGCUACACCCGUGUGGGACAAUCAGCCACAUAACGCUCAGCGAAAGCAAUGUUUUAAAGCGCUAACUAAUUUCUGUAUGACGGCACUUAAAAAGGGCGAUUUUGAUAAUUAUUUCAUGGCCGAUGUUCAAGAUAAAUUACAAGGCAUGGAAGCCGAUAGUGAAGAGGUACAAUCUUGCCUUAAAUAUGUUCAAGGCCAUUUGCGCGAUCAUUAGUUAAAUGAAUGUAUUGUAUUGAAUGCAGGCUGGAACUUUUUAAUGAAGUGGUAAUAUUUGUAUACCACAAGUGGACUGUGUUGUUUAGAAUUCUCUCAACCCACAGUAGUUCUAAAAUAAAUAAUACGAUUUAAAGUAGAAAAACAUUUUCAUAAUGAUAGUAUCACUGUAAAACUAUAUAACUUUAUUGUUAUGUAUAUUAUUUUAAAGACAUUAUAUAAUAUUUUCUCUUUUAAAUCUUAAUAACCUUUAUUAGGGUCUCUGUGAGUUGGGACAUUUUUUUCACAACACAAUUUAAUUUUGUAAUCACAGGAAAAUGUGUUCAUGAGGCUUUUGAAAAAAAAUUGAAGUUUCGGCACUGCUUAAACUUCCAUACUGUAAAUCUAGGACAAUCAAGCUAAUUUACUUAUAUGUUAUAUGUUGUGCUUAACAAUGAUUCAUUGUAAAUAAUGUAAUGUAAAAUUAUGUGCUAUUUUCAUAAUUAAUGAUGAAAUUUAGUUUUUUUUUUUACUUGUUAGUUCUAAGAGCAAUGUAAUUAUUACGAGCACAUAGUUUUAAAAUCUUUGAAAACUUGUUAUAUGUAAGCAAAUGUGAAUUUCUUCUAUUUGGAAAAUAAUUUACUUUUGUAAUAUUAUCUUUAAAAUUUUCAAUAACUUAAGUAGUAUUAAGAUAUGAAAUGCCAAAUGCACUUGUCAAUAAGGGAUUUUCAUUAAAUUAAUAAAAAAUACAAAAUAUCAUGUGGUUUCAAUUUC